ACUUCCGUUGUCAGGGUGCUGGCGGCUCAGUUACUGCAGUACUACUGCGGGUUGCUGGGGAGCUAGUCUGGUGAAGUGUGUAGGCCUCGGUAUGUGUGAGUCUGCCUGUUGUUAGCGAAGGCCGAACCAUGAACGGUUUUAGCACUGAAGAAGACAGUCGGGAUGGGCCUCCAGCUCCAGCCGCACCGUUCUUUGGACAGAUUUGCUGUCUGAUUGAUGGCGGGGAGCGUUGUGCGCGAACAGCUGGGAACGCGUCCUUUAGCAAGAGGGUGCAGAAGAGCAUCUCCCAAAAGAAGCUAAAGCUGGACAUCGACAAGAGCGUUCGGCAUCUUUACAUCUGUGACUUUCAUAAGAACUUCAUACAAAGUGUCAGGAACAAGAGGAAGAGAAAAACCAGCGAUGAUGGUGCUGAUUCCCCCGACCAUGACACAGAUGUCCCGGAGGUUGACCUCUUUCAAUUGCAAGUGAACACACUGCGCAGAUAUAAGAGGCAUUACAAGUUACAGACUCGGCCAGGACUUAAUAAGGCACAGCUUGCAGAGACAGUGAGCCGACAUUUCAGGAACAUUCCUGUGAAUGAGAAAGAAACACUGGCUUAUUUCAUCUACAUGGUGAAAAAUAAUAGGAGUCGCCUGGACCAGAAAUCUGAAAGCAAGCAGCUGGAUGCAUAGCUUAUGGGGACUAGUGGACUUGCUUUGCAUCCCUUGUAUACUGUGUGAUUGUAUAUAUGAACUCUGAGGACAGUGCAGUGCCAUAUAGACAGAGUGGGAAUCUUAUCCAGCUUUUGCCUUUGAGCUAAAACACCAUAUUGAGCAAUGAAGACAGAAAUCACCGUGACUGAUCGGUUACAACACAAACUCGCUGUGACUGAAGACUUUGAGAACACAAUCCUGCCAUUUAAAUUACCUUACUGUCCUUUCAGUCUUCUCCUCUUUACAUUCAGAUGACUCCAAAACCGGUGUACUAAAUGGCAUCCCACCCUGAGAACUGUGCUCUUAACAGCCAUGAUCUGUUUCUUUAUGGGUCAGCACCUGUACAUUUUUAGCAAUAAUGCACAUUUUAACUUGUCUCUGUAAUUGCAGCGGUCUGUUUUUUUUUAUCUUUUUUAUACAUACACAUAUUUAUACAUACAUCAAUAUUGUGGAAAUUCUGUGCUAAACAUGCCACACAAAUACCCCAAUACUCCAUGUUGUAUCAGCGAGAUCUCUGUGGGGAAUCCAGCUAACCUUGUGGACAGGCUUAUAAAGAGCAUAGUUUGUGUAGCAUCUGACAGUAUUAAUUUAGGACAUGUACUAACAUGCUUACAUAUACAUUGUGUGCCUCGUUGAUGCCUAACUAAAAAAAAAAUCAUUCAGACAUUGGUAGUGAAAAAAAGUGUCUCUAGAUGGUGUUUAAAUCCUUAUUUCUUUUUAGAAUGCAAUAAAGAGGGUGCACACAUA